GAAAGCGCACGUCCGGUAUUUAUGGUGUGCACUGACAAUCCAGAGGAGUGUCUUGUAAGGAACAGCCAACCUCAGUCUCUGUGAGAUACGACAGAAGGGGAGCGAAAUGCAAGCGAUCAAGUGUGUGGUAGUCGGCGACGGUGCUGUGGGUAAGACCUGUCUUCUCAUCAGCUACACCACCAAUGCGUUCCCUGGGGAGUACAUCCCGACAGUAUUUGACAACUACUCAGCUAAUGUGAUGGUGGAUGGAAAGCCAAUCAACCUGGGACUCUGGGAUACAGCAGGUCAGGAGGACUACGACAGGCUAAGGCCCCUCUCCUACCCACAAACGGACGUGUUCUUAAUAUGCUUCUCUCUCGUCAGUCCUGCUUCAUUUGAGAACGUCAGAGCAAAGUGGUUCCCAGAGGUGAGCCACCACUGUCCCAACACGCCCAUCAUCCUGGUCGGUACCAAACUCGACUUGAGGGACGACAGAGAGACCAUUGAGAAGCUCAAGGAGAAACGCCUCGGCCCAGUCUCCUACACCAUGGGGCUCCAAAUGCAAAAGGAGAUCGGGGCGGUCAAGUACCUGGAGUGCUCAGCCCUCACACAGAAGGGGCUGAAGACGGUGUUUGACGAGGCAAUUCGAGCCGUCCUACAGCCGCAGAAAGUCAAUAAGAAGAAGAAAGGACUUUGCGCUCUGUUGUGAGCAGUCCGAGUCCUACACCUAGCUUGACAGACACUAUUGUUGUUAUAUUAUUAUUAUUAUUAUUAUAAAAAUUUUUGUUGUAUCACACAGCUACUUGUAAGAUAUAGGACACACAACAAAGUUUUUUUGCUCACCACAUGAUGUAAUUUUACGUGUAUAUACAAUAAAUUCAGACACAUUUUGUAAGCAUGGACGUGCUUUUCAAGCAACCUGUCUUGGUUUUUUUUCUCCACAUUUUGUGUGCUGUGUAUAUGCUAGAUUACAUGUAGUUUUUUUGUGUGUAACAAUAAUUAUUAGCAAGUCAAUGCGCCACUUAUUAUAUUCAGUCGGGCAAGAAAGUCCUUGCAUAAGUGGGAGUGGCAGCUUUAUAGCUCAUGGGGGAGAAAAAAUAGUGUUUCAGCAGCAAAAUUUCAUGGAGAAUACUUUUACGAAUUGCUGGCCAUGCACCAGCAUACUAACCCACCCAAAAUUAUUUUCACUGGUGGAGCUCAUGACAGCUGAUGUGUGUUUCCCGCUGUACCGCAAGUCACAUGUUGC